AUGAGUCAAGUGCAUAUAAGACAAGUUCCAUUUUCUACAUCCACAGAUGCACAACGAAUCGUUGGCUCUUGGUUUCCUACCAGCUAUUACGGUAAUUUUCGAGCAAAAUCUCGUGCCGAUCUCGCUCAGUAUUUUCGUCAAUUGGCGCAACCAAUCCCACCGAAAAAGUUUGUUGAUCGACAAACAGUAGAGGCCAAUACUCAUGUCUUUUCCCAACAUGAUAACCGCUUUCGAUUCGAAUGUGAUCCAUUAGUUCGAAAUACUCAAGGGGGUUUCGGCAGACGAAAAACGGUCAAUAGCGCACGUGGAAAUUUCAACCCAUAUCUUAUCAGUUGGGUACCGCGUAACACUGAUCAUAAGGCGCUUGCUGAAAGUGUUAAAAUUACGUCGUAUGGUGAUGAUUAUAAUCGUGACACAACACCAUCUCGUAUUCUAGCAGAAAUUCAGACAAUAAACAAUACCGACGACAAAAAUACGCCGUCGCCUAUAACAUCAACUGCGAGCGUUUAUUCCUGUACUUACAAACAUGGUCAACCUGACCAAGAACGAUCCAAACAAAUUCGACAAGAAACAUUUCAAAGGUUUCUAUCAGCACGUACACAAAUGUCGAAACAGAAGGGUAAUAAACGUUCAAGCAAUGGUGAGGGAAGUGUUGCAGCAUGUAUGGUAUGGAAUAAUACCGGUGACGAGAAUAAAUCGAUUCAGCCGUCUCUUCCACCAUCAACAUCUGUUCCUCCUCCUCCUCUUAAAGAAGAAAUAAUUACUAUUGUAAAACCCAUCACAUUGCAACCUCGUACGAUCAUCGACACUAACAGUUCAAGCAUAUCCGGUCGUCAGCGUGCGCAAAGUGCUGGACCUCGCCUGGUAACAUCAGUAUCAAACCAAUCUCUCCCGUUGCCGCCACCAUUACCGACUCAAAAAACAGUUUCCAAUCCACGGAUACAAAUCUCUCAAACAAUUUCACCUCCGAGAGAACGACCUCGAACCGCUCUGACUACUUCUCGCGAACAUUAUACAGGCUGCAAUUUUGGUCCUAAAAUAACAGAUCCUCGGCCAGCUGCUCCAUAUGAACAAACAUACACUGAUCGUAUGCAAAAUCUCGUUUCGAAAUAUAUGUAA